CAGAGGUGAAUUCUGUUCCAUGUUUCAGCACCACGGAUAGCUCCCACACCUUUGUUUCCUACCACUCUAAAAUCUGAGAAGGUUGGCACAUCAGAUCCCUCUAUCAAGGACUGUGUGUAUCACAAAUGUUUUUCCAUCUUCUCCUGGGAUUUUUUUAAUUACCAAUUAUUAAGCAUAUUUGUUUGCUAACCCUCAAUAUGUCACAUAUUUUAUAUGCAGCACCAUACAUUUUGAGAGGGGAAAUAGAUUCAGCAGUAUAGUGCAUGAAGGUCUAUUUUGUUGAAUGAGGGUGGAAUCAUUUUUGAAAUGACAGUGAAGUAAAGGCAGUUACCAAAUGGAAAUCAAUCAGCAUGGUAUCUGAAGAAAAAAUACAACACUCCAACCAAAAAGCUCUGAUCAUUUGUAAAUUAGAAGUGGGGGGAACAGGAAGGAUAUUGACAUCCUAUGCCAGCAAAAUCGAUCUCUGUCUCUUUAAACUCCUGAUGAUCAAACAGUUUGGCUGGUUUCACAAGCCAGGCACAGCACAUUGACUCAUGAACACAAUGAAAUGAACCCCAGACUGUUUCCUCUUCACAGCAGAUAAAACUAUCCACCCGUGUAAAGGACAAGUCACUAGUCAUCUACAGAUGGUGCUGUGUCUACUCGUGGAAAUUAAGUCAGUUCUUUCCUCAAUACUGAAGACAUUCCUAGCCUGAGCUUGAUGCGAAGGAGAUUGUAAAACAUCACACAUUUCUUGUAAGUCCACCUAUCGAUGACUGAAGCAGAUCGAAAUGUCUGAAGCCUUUGAAGGUUCUGGAACCACCCCUACCAAUUGCACCACAACAACCUCCAACUCUGGUAUGAAUGGGACCUCUGUGGUUUUCCAGGGCUUGCGGUUAGUCCAACAGUUGAAGUUGCUGAUCAUCCUUAUGUACACAGUUGUGGUUGUGAUUGGGAUGGUAGGUAACUGCCUCCUGGUUCAUGUCAUCUUGCGUGUAAAGAAGAUGCACAAUGUCACAAACUUCCUCAUUGGGAACUUGGCUCUUUCCGAUGUGGCCAUGUGCACCACCUGUGUCCCGCUUACUCUUGCUUAUAUCUUUGAGCCACAUGGCUGGAUUUUUGGCAGCACCAUGUGCUACUUUGUCUACUUUAUGCAACCUGUCACUGUUUAUGUCUCCAUCUUCACUUUGGCCACCAUUGCCAUGGACCGGUACAUUGUCAUUAUGCACCCAUUGCGAUGCCGUGUCUCCUUGCAGCUCAGUGCCUACAUUAUUCUCUUCAUUUGGAUUCUCUCCUGCUGCCUGGCAUUGCCAGCCAUGGCACACACCUAUUAUAUAGAGCUGGAGCAACAGGGCAUCACCUUGUGUGAGGAAUUCUGGGGGGAACAAGAACGACAGAGACAAACCUAUGCCUUGUGUUUGCUGCUCCUCACCUACCUCUUCCCUUUGUUGGCCAUUUUGAUAUCCUAUAUCAAGAUCUCCCUCAAACUAAAGAACAGAGUAAUGCCAGGGAGCAUCACUCAAAACCAAGCGGACUGGGAUAGAGCAAGGCGGAAGAGGACUUUCUGUUUGCUGGUCAUGGUGGUAGUUGUCUUUGGGGUGUGCUGGCUUCCCCUUCACACCUUUAACUUUAUACGGGACAUAAACAUCAAUGCUAUUGAUGCCUAUUAUUUCAGCCUGGUCCAAUUGGUUUGCCACUGGUUUGCUAUGAGUUCAGUAUGUUAUAACCCAUUCAUAUAUGCAUGGCUCCAUGAUAGCUUUAGGGAAGAGCUUAAAAAAUUACUUGUUUGGCAUAGAAAAGUAAUUCCUACUGGACAAAGUGUGACUGUAAGUGUUGUGAUCUGGCUGGCUCUCCUAUAUCUCUUUUAAAAGUUAAAUAUGUGUGGGGGAAAGAUUCAGACCAGCAAAUAAUACCAUAUUUCUAUGAUUGCCCAAACCUUUUGUCCAAACAACAUACGAUCACAUCAUACUCUAAAGAUAACAGCUUUGAAUGAAAUAUAUAUGGAAGCAAUAGAAAUGUGAUUAAAAUUAUAUUCUAUAUAAGAUUCUCUUACCUCCCGCUUCAUAUCAACAAUGUUAUGUCGGUACAGGAAUUUUAUUUUUUUCCCCUUGGUAUAGCAGAGCAGGACAUUUUCAAUAUAGGAUUUUUUUUGUGUGUGUGUCAGGAGCGACUUGAGAAACCACAAGUCAUUUCUGGUGUGAAAGAAUUGGCCGUCUGCAAGGACGUUGCCCAGGGGACGCCCAGAUGUUUUGAUGUUUUUACCAUCCUUGAGGGAGGCUCCUCUCAUGUCCCCACAUGGAGCUGGAGCUGAUAGAGGGAGUUCAUCCGUGCUGUCCCUGGGUUGGAUUCGAAGCAGCAGCCUUCAAGUCAGCAAACCAAACUUCAAGUCAUCAGUCCUGCCAGCAUAAGGGUUCAACCCACUGUGGCACCGGGGGCUCCUAAUAUAGGAUAUGACUGUGAUUAAUAUCAAGUUUAUGUGUUUACACAUUGCAUAAUGAAUUCAGUCUGUAUUCAUACAGAGUUGCUCAGUAGCUGUAAAUGACAGAAAAAUGUCAAAUUCAAAUUUCACGUUGUUACAUACAUUUGAUAUGCAUUUGAAAUCUCUACAGCUACAUGUUAUCAAGCUUGUGAUUGCCCGAAGAUAUUAAAUACUCUUACUCAUCAGAUAAAUACAUUGGCAAUGAUAAUAUAUUGGCGCAGUAUGGAUAUAUAUAUAUCUAGAUAUUAGAACACAUUUUUUUCUGCUCAGUAUUGUGUGAAUAUUUGAGUGAUGCUCCAUUUUAUCUAAUUGUCCAUUACAUGGCAUUCCACAUUUUUAGGCUAUGCUAUAGUAAGGGUAUAAGAUCAAAUGAAAUGUGCAAAUUAAUUUAGCAAUUUGUGUUGUUGUUAGUCCAUUGUUUUAGGAAUGAACACUGAGUUUCUUUUGCAUACAGUACUUUAAUCUAAUUGUCAUGAUUUAAUGUAUAUUUUAUAUUUCAUGCCUCCCCUGUUGUUUGUAUAUAUCUGCCGGCUGUGAACAAUACUUCAUAGAUCCGAUGAAGUAAACUCCAUUACAUGAAAGGUUAUACCCUCAUAAAGCCAUUAAUGUUUCAGGUGUCAUAAAGACUUAGUUUUUCCAUCAAAAGAAUAAUUCUACUUUUCCCUUGAAUCUAUUUUAUUUCCAUUUGUAAAUGGUUUUAUUACACAUUGCUCCAGAUUUAUUGAUUGAAUUCAAGUCUCUUAUCUGUCCAGUGUUAUAAAAGGGCUUACUUCAAGUAAGCUAAAAUUAUUUUAUACCCCACUCCCUUGAUAGCAGAUUUACAAAUCUUUAUACAAAACACUUUUCAAAUCUUUAGAAAAAACCCACACAAUCACAUUAUUAAAAAUGUGUCCAAAAUCACAGAUGGGGGCUAUUCAAAUAUUCCAUGGCUGAUAGGGUGGAGCCUGAAUCAGUUUGAACAAAAAAUGUGUAGUUUUCGGUGGGCUGUUUUAUAUAAUAUCUGAAAACAGAAUGGGGAGGAGGGAGACGAAAGCCUGGCCAAAUGGAUGGAAAGAGCCAGAUUUGAUUGGUUCCUAUUAAACAGAAUGAGGGGUCAGCUAACAAUGGACCCCAAAACAGCAUGCCUUUAGGCCGAAUUGCACACCUCUAAUGGCUGAUGCUCAUUUCUAGAUCUUAAUUAAUCAAUCACUCAACUGCAAAUGAAGAUUUGACAUGUAAAACAGCUACAGAUAAGAGCCAAUGGCUUGACUGUUGGAAUCCCUGCUCAGUCAUAGAAAUCAACCGAGUGACUAUUAUUCCCACAGUCUAAAAUAAAAACAAUGGCAGCCCUCCCGAAUAAAUCUCACCAAGCAAACCCAAUCAUAGGGUCACCAUAAAACAAUCAUAGGGUCACCAUAAAACAGAGUCAUCUUACUAGCAAAUGACAACAACAGAGAGAUUUUUGUAUCAUUUUUCCUCCUUGUGAAUAGCUUGCAGUGAGUCAUUGAAUUAUAUGAUAAUAACAUGACUGGAUUCACAAACUGAAUACUCAAAUGGCAUAAAUGAAAAUGUAGAUUGGAUGACAGUUUUCUAUCCAAUUUAAUUUUCAUUGUUUUCGAUUUUUGGUUAUUUGCUGAUGAUUUGAUAAUGGUGUAUGCUUUCAAUUAUCAUCAUUGUUGUAUUCAAAUCUUGUAUUCAUGUUAGAUGUAAAUGCGGAUAAUUUGUCAGUGUUCUUGUUUGAAAUGUUUGUACUUGAGGAACUUGCAGAACUGUUGUUAAGAUAACAGAAUAUAUUGUAUAUUAAUUAAUAGUAUUUAUUUCUUUUGGAAACAUGCCCUUUGCCAUUGUUUUAGUGUAGUGUCUUUCUUAUUAUGUGAGUUGGAAAGCGUAUUAUUUUUAUAUGUCGUACAAUGAAUUCUAAUUGAAUUGUCAUUGGAAGCUAACCUGCACAGUCAUGUACUUUAAGAAGAAUCUGUUAUCUCUGAAGGCUUGUUAAUUGGAAAUUCAGACUGGAUUUUAACCUUGAGUCAAGAUACCAAAAUAAUGACUGAAGAGGCAUAGAGGUUGGAGCAGAUGUCUAACUAUAUAACCAGAAUCAGUAGCUGUUGGCAUUAGAUUGUGGGGAGUCGAAGAAAAAAGGUACUUAGUUUGUAUAAAUAGAUACUUCAGAGUUGGUAAUAUUGGAUUAAAAUGAAUUCUUUGUAAAAAUGUA